CGAGGGGAGGGUACGGGAAGAGAGGAGGGCGCGGCCGCCGUCGCGCAGUGCGAGCGUCACGAGCAGGGGGUGGAGGCGGCGCGGCCGCGCUGCGGAAAGGGCCAGCCCGGUAAAAGGAGCCGGAGCUCCGCGCUCUCGGGUCGCGCAGGAUUCUGCGUUCCCAUCCCUCGCCUCCGCCUGGCUGAGCCAGAGCUCUUCGCCACUGCCCUUUAUAGCCUGGCACCUUGAUGGAAACAGAUGUUGAUGGUGGUCCGAGAUAUUUGUGGGGGUUAAAAGAUUUGAACUCCAGCUGAAUAAAACAAGGGCUGAAAAUUGAAGGAUGGCAGCAAAUCCUUCAGGACAAGGUAUGUGGGAGCAUUCACAGAGCACAGUCUGAGCAGCUAGAUUUGCCUCUCUGUUCACCGAGUCUGAAAAGGAAGAUUGUGCUGCUCUUCAUUGAAUUAUGUCAUCAUCUACACAUUUUGCUCUUCCUCAUCUGAGUCUGAUCUGUGUGUUUCCAGAAUAAAAAUAGGGUUGCAAUCCUGGCAGAACUAGACAAGGAGAAGAGAAAGUUACUUAUGCAAAACCAGUCUUCCACAAAUCACCCUGGAGCCAGCAUUGCACUUGCAAGAUCACCUCUGAAUAAGGAUUUCCGUGAUCACGCUGAGCAACAGCACAUUGCAGCUCAGCAGAAGGCUGCACUGCAGCACGCACAUGCACACUCCUCAGGAUACUUCAUAACUCAAGACUCUGCAUUUGGAAAUCUUAUUCUUCCUGUCUUACCUCGACUUGAGGCAGAAUGAGGAAUGUUGUUUGUCUCAGAAAUUCAAGAUCUGAUUUUUAUCCAUAGCAGGAGCUGUCUGACCUUUUAAUUUCUUUAUGUAUCUUAAAACUUACUUUUUUUCUGAGUUCUUGCAAAUGCCAUUCAGGAGUGUGAGCUCUAAUGAUGGGGAAAUAGUGUUGAAAAUUUUUUAUCCUAUAUUUCUGUUCCUCUGUUGGGUCAAAGUCAAAUGCAAGACUUUUCUUGGAGUUUGAAGUGCACAGGGUUUGCUCUUCCCUGUUUCAGUGCUUCCUUUAAAUAAAUGUCCAAACCAGAGUCGCCAAGAGAUGCACAAUCUGAUAUCAUUUGUGUUUCUUUUUAUUAUGUACAGGUAUGAUUUUUGUAAUGAAUAAUGAAAAUUAUUUCUGUCCAUCAAAACAGACACGAAUUUGUCAAAUGCAUCAGCCAGUCUUCCUCCCCCACCCUCUCCUAUGCAGGAACAUUUCUGGUGUACUGUUUGCCAUUGUACCAUCAUCUGGUCUUAAGUCCUUAGUUACAGUGUGACUGCCUCUUACCUUGCUUUGUGAAAUAUGAAAAUGAAUUAAAGUGGGAAAAAAGCAAAUGUUUCUAACAGUCUUUUUACGGACAAAAUGUCAAAAGUUCUCUGGAUAUCUCAGAUGGAAGGUGUUGUCUGCAAAGACAAUUCCAUUUAAAAGGUCACAUUUUUCUAGUUACGCCUUUUUUGAGACUUGGUUUGUUUUAUUUUUGUUCACUUUUUUCUUUGGUUGUUUUAUCUCUGGUAAACAAUUCUAUCUUCCUGCUAGAAGAAAAUCUAGUGAUCUUAAGGCCAAUUAUUUUGGAACUGUGAUUGUGCUACCAGGAUAAAGUAACUUAGAGUGAAAAAUAGUCCUUACUUAGACUUUCUUAUAUCUCCACAUCUUUCUUAUGUCGUUAUGCUACUACACUGAUUGCAUUGCCUUUGCAUUGCCUUAGAAAACAGAAAAGAGCAGGAAAACUUCCAUGAGAAUGAUAAAUCAGAAAGCAUAUGUUAAACUUGUGCUCGUUUGAAACAGCUUUGUCCUUUGCAGAAACUUAACUGUCCCUUGAAGUUUCCAGGGUUGUAGUUUGCAUUUCCUUAGGGACAUCUAGGGUAUUCUGUUUCUGUAUGCAGGGGAUUGCCUGAACCCAGUAAGCACUACUGACCUAUCUGUUCAUAUUUCACUGUUAAUAUUUGCAGUAAUCAUGAAUACAGAACAAAUACCAAGAGAUGGGUGCAGGUAUGAGGAAAAUGCCAUUGCUUUCAUAUACCUCUGGUGAACAUAGACCUUUUCAGAAACUGGAGCAUACUGAAACAUUUUCAGGAAGGAGAAUCUUCUGGACCCAGCCUGGUAGAGCUUAAAGAAGUGCAAUUUUAACAAGAACUGUUCAUACCAUAUGCUUUUUUUCUGGGUUCUGAUGUGAUGAGUCAUGGGAAUGAUGAUGGGUUUUGUGGGCAGUGGAGAAAUAAGUCACUUCUGUUUUCUGUGGUUGGCUCUGUGUAGCUUUUUCUUUUUGAUUACCAAGAGUGCAUAUUAAAUUGUCCUGACUAUUCAUUA